AUGCAAUGUACUUGUCUCAUACUGUUCGUAUCUUUAUCGCAUGCCGCUUCAUUACCAAUCAGUGCAUUCUGCAGACGUUCUUUAUUUUUGUUGAUUUAUGUGUAUUAUGGAAUAUAUCUAUCUAAUCACUUUCUUAACUUCAGCUACGGUCUCCUGAAGGAUCUAUCUAUCUAUCUAUCUAUUUAUCUAUCUAUCUAUCUAUCUAUCUAUCUAUCUAUCUAUCUAUCUAUCUUACUCUGUUUCUAUCUAUCUAUCUAUCUAUCUAUCUAUCUAUCUAUCUAUCUAUCUUACUCUAUUCCUAUAGAUAGAUUGUUUCUACCUAUUUAUCUUACUCUGUUCCUAUCUAUCUAUCUAUCUAUCUAUCUAUCUAUCUAUCUAUCUAUCUAUCUAUCUUACUCUAUAGAUAAUCUAUUUUACUCUGUUUCUAUCUAUCUAUCUAUCUAUCUAUCUAUCUAUCUAUCUUACUCCGUUCCUAUCUAUCUCUCUAUUUACCUAUCUUACUCUGUUCCUAUAUAUCUAUAUUACUCUGUUCCUUCCUAUCUAUCUAUCUAUCUAUCUAUCUAUCUUACUCUUCUUUUUCUUUCUUUUCUUUUCUUCUCAUCGCCUACAUCUUUUUUCGAUUUAUUUUCCAUUUCUUUUUACUUUCUUUUCUUUCUUUCUUUUUUCUUUCCAUUUCUUUCUUUAUUCUUACAGUUUUUUUUCCUUCCAUUUCCUUUUCUUUCUUUCCUUUUCUAUUUACAUUUCUUUCUUUCCUUUUCUGUUUCUAUAUCUUUCUUCCUUUUCGAUUUCUUUCUUUCUUUUUCUUUUCCAUUUCUUUCUUUAUCCUUACAAUUUCUUUUCUUCAAUUUCUUUUUCUUUCCUUUUCUUUUUAUAUUUGUUUCUUUCUUUUUCUUUUCUAGAUCUUUCUUUCUUUCUUUUCUAUUUCUUUCUUUCUUUUCCAUUUCUUUCUUUCUUUUUUCUUUCUCUUUCUUUCUUUAUCCUUACAAUUUCUUUCCUUCCAUUCACCUUUCUUUCUUUCCUUUUCUUUUUCCAUUUCUUUCUUUCCUUUUCUUUUCUAUUUCUUUCUUUCUCUCCUUUUCUUUUCCAUUUCUUUCUUUCUUUCUUUCCUUUAUUUUCUUUUCUUUUUCUUUCCUUUAUUUUCUAUUUCUUUCUUUCUUUUCCUUUUCUUUCCUUUUUCUAUUUUACUUUCUUUUUUUACUUAACCCUUUUCUGUUUCCUUUCUAUUUCUUUUUUCUUUUUUUUUUUUCUCUUUCUUUCUUUAUCCUUACAAUUUCUUUCCUUCCAUUCACCUUUCUUUCUUUCCUUUUCUUUUUCCAUUUCUUUCUUUCCUUUUCUUUUUCUAUUUCUUUCUUUCUCUCCUUUUCUUUUUCCAUUUCUUUCUUUCUUUCUUUCCUUUAUUUUCUAUUUCUUUCUUUCCUUUAUUUUCUAUUUCUUUCUUUCUUUUCCUUUUCUUUCCUUUUUCUAUUUUACUUUCUUUUUUUACUUAACCCUUUUCUGUUUCCUUUCUAUUUCUUUUUUCUUUUUUUUUUUUUCUCUGGAUUUUUCACUUUUUCUCCUUAA